CCCAUCCCCCCGCCUUCCAGAAUCUUCCUUUCCCGAAAUAGUCAUCCCUACCCACCAUCCCCGAGCCACAUCUAGUUGGCCGCCGCCACCCCCACGCGCGCGCUCGUGACCGCCGCCGCCCGCUGCGCUCGGGGCGCCAGGCAAAAGAUCCCUCCUUGGUGGCGACCGCGAGGCUCCCCGGCGCCUUUGGUUCCCCCCUGGUGCGGCGCUUUUGGUCCCCAGUUUGUCGGCUGUCUUUUCUGGCUGCGCUUGCAGGGUGGGGGUGGGGUGGUCUUGCCAGGAUAACACCUUAUCCUGUUCCCCAUCCCCGUGCUAGAUCGAUGCGCUCCUGCGCGUGUGGGUGUAUCAUGUAUGUGUGUCCGGCGUACUAGGGGCAGCUGCUUGUUAUUGUGCUUGGCUUAGAAGGGAGCUUGCUUACUGACACUGACCAACUGACCGUUCCGUUCCGGGCGCCAGAGUAGAGAUUCUAGUGUUGUUUCUUGGCUGGGAGGGUAGGAUUUGGCUAUGGACCCAAUGCUGAACCCGGUGAAGGAGGAGAGCCAUGGGGAUGGUGGUUUGCUGCCGGGUGCGGCGGCUGGGGAUGGGCCGUCCGCGGCUGCGGCACCGAAGCCGAUGGAGGGGCUGCACGAUGCCGGCCCGCCGCCGUUUCUGACCAAGACCUACGACAUGGUCGAUGACCCGGCCACCGAUCCCAUCGUGUCGUGGAGCGCCACCAACAACAGCUUCGUGGUGUGGGAUCCGCACGCUUUCGCCACCGUGCUGCUGCCCAGGCACUUCAAGCACAACAACUUCUCUAGCUUCGUCAGGCAGCUCAACACCUAUGGUUUCAGGAAGGUGGAUCCUGAUCGGUGGGAAUUUGCGAAUGAGGGUUUUUUACGGGGACAGAGGCACCUCCUGAAGAACAUUAGGCGUCGAAAACCUCCUGCUCAGAAUGCCUCAAACCAGCAGUCUCUUGGGUCAUACCUUGAGGUGGGACACUUUGGAUAUGAUGCAGAGAUUGACCGACUGAAGCGGGACAAACAAUUAUUGAUGGCAGAAGUGGUGAAGCUGAGGCAGGAGCAGCAGAACACAAAGGCAAAUCUCAAAGCCAUGGAGGAUAGGCUACAAGGCACUGAGCAGAAGCAGCAGCAGAUGAUGGCAUUCUUGGCACGCGUCAUGCGGAACCCUGAAUUCUUGAAGCACCUGGUUUCCCAGAAUGAGAUGAGAAAGGAGCUCCAAGAUGCUAUUUCAAAGAAAAGAAGGCGCCGCAUUGAUCAGGGACCUGAAGUUGAUGACUUGGGGACCAGUAGCAGCCUAGAGCAAGGUUCACCAGUCCUAUUUGACCCCGAGGACUCGGUUGAAUUCCUUGUUGAUGGGAUUCCAACUGAUCUUGAGAGUCCAGCUUUCAACAGCCAGGGCCUGGUUGAGCCACAGGAUAUUGAUCUUGGUACCUCUGAGCAUCAGCAAGACAUGCCCCAGGAGGAGUUGACUGACAACUUCUGGGAGCAAUUGCUGAAUGAAGGACUUGGCGAGGAGAAUGACAACCCUGUUGUCGAGGAUGAUAUGAAUGUGCUGUCUGAGAAGAUGGGCUAUCUCAACUCAGAUGGCCCGACAUCCAGGAAAUAGUUUUGUUUCAUCGCAUCACAUUGCCAUCACCUUCUGUAAUUUUCAUCGCAUCACAGUCUGCAGCUUCCUGAGUUCUAUUGUGUCAGCAAGAUGGCAAUUGUUCUGGGGCUAGUGUUUUCUACGCCUGCUGAACUCCUUGUCAAGGGAGAGCUUGCUUCCAUAAAAAGCGCCAUGGAUUCUGGGGAGAGCGGCAAGUUUAUCUGAUCUGACUGACUGUAGUGACUGCUGAUUGCCACCGGGGUUGCUCUUUUAGAUCACAAGUGAUUUGUUGGUUGUUUAGAGCUUCAUGUCCAUCAGAAUUCAGAACGUGCAGUGAGUAAUGCUGUUGAUCCCUGCAUGUUUCGGUAGGUGGUGAUGUGCUAAUUGUCUCUUGUGUAAUUAUGCUGUGGCAUACUUUGUUCUGUUGAUACUCUAAUGUUAAAAAAGGUGUAGACUUGUAAAUGGAGUCAAAAUAUCUCACUGUAACAGCAGCUUUGCUAAUGUCCAAUUGUUAUUUCUCUGGUACCAUAACGUGUGCCGGUAGUA